GGCACAUUUCAGCCAAGUGUUUUUCAUGGUCUAUUAUCACUAUUUUGUUCCUACUGCCCUUGCCUCAGCGGCCAGGAACGCCUAGCACAUAUUUUAUCAAUACAAAAAUCAUGUUGAUUCGAUAAUAUUCGAGUCCUAGACUUCAUUCUAGAAGUAUGAAUAUCGUGUUUGGAAAUGGCCGUUUUCUAGCGGCCUUGAUCGUUUUGGUCUUACUUGCGCUGGUAGUUACGGUGAUGCAAAAUAGAUCUGGCAUUAAGAAGAAGUUAAAAGAGUAUACAUGGCAAGAGAGUAAUAUCAAGAUUUUAAGCUUCGGGGACUCGCUUACUGCAGGAACUCUAACGCGAGGAGAUGAUCAAAACAUGCACCCUUACUCAAAACAGCUACAGGAAUUACUAUCACAGCAUUUUAAGAAGGAAUUUAAGGUGCAAUCUGACGGUUUACCCGGAGAUAGAGUUCAAGCUGGUAUGGCUUCAAGAUUAAGGAAACAACUGGUGCGAGACAAGUUCGAUUGGAUCAUCAUACUAGCCGGGACAAACGAUUUGAGUUAUCAAUACAUGAAGCGAAAAGAGUUCCCUCGUGUCACGAUAAAUGGUAUGCUUAAAUCGUUGAUAAAUUUGCAUGAAAUGUCACAAACCAAUGGUACAAGAACGGUGGUUGUAACAGUGCCAGCCCGCGAAUGCGAAGAAAAAGAACCAAUAUGUAUUCGACACAAAUUAGAGAGAAAAAAGUUCAACAAACAUCUGCGAAUUUACGCAGAGAAAAAUAAGCCAAAAACCAUCGUCGCAGACGUGGCUAAGGAGAUGCCAUUUAAAAAGUUCAAGUCGCUAUGGAGUAAAGAUGGAUUACAUUUUACUGAGAAGGGUUAUGAUAAACUUGCUACCAUAAUAUUUAGUGCACUAAAGAGUGAAAUGGAGAAACCGAUAACGCCAUGAUUCUACCCGGUGGGUGGUGUCCGCUGAAUAUAAUAACUCUUGCUUAAUGUAAAAAAAAAAAUCGCAUCUAAAUGUAAUACCAACGCUUAAUGCAAUAACAAAUCAACGCUUAGUAUAAUAACACGCUAACUAGUGCCGUAGCAAGCCUCGAAAUAUUGGGAGGGGGGGCACGAUACAGUAACAUUAGGAAAAUAUUAGGGGGCACAGCCACGCCUCUACUGGUCAUUUCUUUAUAAUGUUUGAAAAUAUUGGGGGGGGGAGGGGGUGCACAUGCCCCACCACCUGCUAACGCUUAAAGUAAUAACUCCUAAACUCGAGAGACGAUCAAAGUGAUUGUAAGUCGUUAACAGGGCACAAGUAACGCGGAAUACCUCAACUGCUCAAACGUUAGAAAUACCGCUUUAUUCUGAAUAAAUACACAUCACAAAAGCAA